GAGCACAAUCGCUUUCCUAUUGGACCAGGCCGCCUAGCCUGGAGCUCUACCCCGUGCUUUGAGAGGAGUGGCUGUGAGCCAGCUCGCGCCCCCGAACCCACACGCGCGUGACUGCAGACUCAGCUGUCAAGCGUCCGUUCCUCCAAUUUGACCAGAAGCUGGAAAUAUUUAUCUCACGGAAAUCCACAACAAUGCGUACCACCAGGAAGUGUCUUGGACUGAUUUUGGCCAGUGGACUACUGCUGCUGGCCCUCUUUUAUGCUUGGAGCCCUGGGACCAGCUCAGGAGUCGACAUAUGGCAAAGACAGGGAAGACCAGUAAAGAAACUCAAUGCAAAAAUGCAAGACAUCAUCAGUGGCAAUCCGGACAUUGCCUAUCACAUCAAGGAGGACGUGGCAUGUCGUUUGGCUCAGAACCCGUGUGUGUGUCAGGGUGACGAGGAGACCUUUCACCUGCCGUUCUCCAAUCUGCUGUUCCCACGCAUGUGGGCCCACAAGCUUGACGUGCCAUUCUUAGAGUCUCAGCCUGACCCUGAGGCCACAAAGCGUCACAGAGCUCAGGAGUACAGCAGCUUCCGUAGGAGGUCCUAUAGUCCUGCAGAUGCAUUUAUUGUAGCUGAGGCCAACAGCCCCCUUCAGUAUCCUAUCCAGGGUGUGGAGGUGCGACCCCUCAAAACGAUCAUCAUUCCAGGUUUGGGUCUUAAAGAAGAGACAAGAUCAGACCAUAUGGUAUAUUUGACAGCAGCACUGGGGACUUUCGAUGUUGCUGCUACAGUGGCCAACGUCUCUCUUAAAGGAGAGGGGGAGAAGCACAUGAUACUGUCGAGUCCUCUUCUGCCCGCUCUGAACAGGCAGCUGCAGUUUGUCACCUAUACAAACACUGUGUUCCAUCCCAAGACAGCGGAUACAGUUCAGUUUGGAACCGAAGGUCACCAGUCUUUUUUCACCAUCAAAGUUGGACAUGCAACCAUCCCGAAACUUUACUACUCUGGAUACCAAACAGAGUAUAAUAUUAGUGCUCUUGUUACCAUCGCCACCAAGACCUUUCUACGCUAUGACAAACUGAAAGAUCUCAUCGACAGCAUACGGCAGUAUUAUCCCACCGUCACCAUAGUGAUAGCAGACGAUAAUAAACACCCUCAGCCAGUGACUGGGCCUCACAUUGAACAUUACAUCAUGCCAUUUAGCAAGGGUUGGUUUGCAGGAAGAAACCUGGCAGUGUCUCAAGUGACCACCAAGUAUGUGCUCUGGGUGGAUGACGAUUUCAUCUUCUCUGCAAACACCAAGCUGGAGAAGAUGGUGGACAUCCUGGAGAAGACCACUCUGGAUCUGGUUGGUGGUGCAGUGAGAGAGGUGACAGGUUACACUGCGACCUACCGCCACACCAUUUCGGUGGAAGAGGGGGGAGAGGAGGGCGACUGUUUACAUAUCAGAAGUGGCUACCACCAUGUCAUCGAGGGGUUCCCUAAUUGUGUGGUAGCUGAUGCCGUCAUCAACUUCUUCAUGGCGAGGAAAGAUAAGGUGCUGCAGGUGGGCUUUGACCCCCGCCUGGCACGGCAGGGUCAUAUGGAGUUCUUCAUCCAGGGUCUGGGCUCCCUCCACAUUGGCUCCUGUAGUGACAUCAUUGUAAACCACGCAUCAAAGAUCAAACUCCCCUGGACUAAAUCAGACUCACAAAAGGCCUACGAGAAAUUCCGCUAUUCAUCUUCCAAGACUAAUAACAUUCAUAAUGAACUCUUCUAUUUCAAGAACAGGUUCAAGUGCAUGGUCAGCAUCUGAAGCCUGAGCAUCCACGUGUCUGUUUGCUGCCUUAAUGUCAGGAUUAAAGGGAAAUGACUGUGCCAAGUUAACUGCCUUAGCACUUGCUGUUAAACAAAUUGUGCUCAAGAUUACUUAAGCGAGCAGAUUGAGAUUCUUGAUAUUGCUAUCUCCAGCAGACAGAAACCUCCAUAUACAAUAUGCACUCAAAGUGUCAUGUUUUUUGUUGUUGUUUUUGGAGGCUUUGUUUGUUCUUAAACGCACUAUGUUGAUUUUUAUAUGUACUGUAGCUUAAAAAAAGGAUGAAAAGACA